CUGUGAUUAUGAUCACGACACUAAAUCUGGCAUGUAAUGUCUCAAUACACCAUGUAACAGCACCAUAGGAAAGUGAAAGUUAACAAGUCAAACUUUCAACAAAGUCAACAACGGAGGAAACAACUCCACCAACUGCACACACUGAAGCUAUGGGAGGAAAGAACUCUAAAUCUGAACUGGAGCCCCCUUUGCUUGAUAAAGAAUGGCGGGAUGUACCACAGGGUGACAAAGCUGAAUAUUUAGAGUUUGUGAGGGGUUUUGAGCCUUUCCAGCCGUGUCAUGAUGAGAAGAAUGAAGAUCAGCAUAUUAGAAUUCUGCUUCAUGGAGUCACUGGUCACGGCAAGUCCAGUUUUAUCAACUCUGUGGACACCGUCUUACGAGGCAGAAUGGCUGGACGAGCUUUGGCGGAUACAGAUGGAAGAAAGACCUUCACCAAAAAGUACACAACAUACAAAAUUACAAAAGGAGCACGUGGGACCUUCUACCCAUUUGUCUUCAAUGACAUAAUGGGUCUUGAGAAGAAUGAAGGAGUUCUUGAGGAGGACAUCAAACUAGCCAUGAUGGGACAUGUCAAAGAUGGUUACACGUUUAAUCCACACGCCACAUUACCCACAGAUGAUCCACACUACAACACAAACCCCAGUCUGAGUGACAAAGUACAUGUUCUGGUUUGUGUCGUCUCUGCCAAUAAAAUACAUUUAAUGGAUGAUGAUGCUGUGAAGAGGAUGAGGACUGUGAGGCUGGCAGCUAGUGAUAUGGGGAUUCCUCAAAUGGCUAUUCUCACCAACAUUGAUGUAGCCUGUCCUGAGGUCAAAGCAAACUUAAGAAAUGUCUAUAAAAGCAAGUAUGUGAAAGAAAAGAUGGAGGUUCUGAGUGAAUCACUGGGUAUUCCACUGAACUGCAUCUUUCCUGUGAAGAACUACCACUCAGAAAUUGCUCCAAAUGAUGACCUUGAAAUGCUGAUACUGAUGGCACUGAAACAGAUGCUCAACCAAGGAGAAGAUUUUGUGAAUGACUGUAAAUGCACAUGAGACAAACAUUGCUUCAGUUCAUCAUGAAAAGAAAUCAUGUAAAAAAUUGAUACUGUCAUUUUUGGCUGUAGGAAACAUAGAUUUAUGGCUUCAUUUAAUAUGACAUCUCAUAUUACACCUGAUAAAUCAAGUAGAAGUGCACUAGUUUUGCACAGAUUUCUAACUAAACUUGUAAAUGUAAAUACUGAGACAAACUUUGCUUCAGCUCAACAUGAAAAAGAAUUGUGAAAAAUUCAUAAUGUAGUCAUAUGCUAUGGGAAACACAUGUAGGCCUUAGUUUACAGUUACAGUAUUAUACCUGAUAAAGCAAGUAGAAGUGCACUGGUUUAGUGGAGAUCCUGAAUUUAGUUAAACACUAAUAU